AUGCCACAUGUACAGAGAAUGGAGGUUGAUCAGGAUGGAGUUAAUUUAACAAAGCAAAUGCUGGUCAGUCUCUUUCAUUCGUUGUGCUAAAAUAUUUAACUUUUUCACUAACCUCAGGCAUUAACAAAAAUAGUUUGUAUCAGCAGGUGUGCAGCCCUGAACAGGGAUGCGAGUUAUGAACUUCCUGCGAUUGUUAAUCUUUUUUUUUCAUAUGACUAAUUCUUAUGACAACACUGAGCAUCUAUCACUGAUGAAGUCUGUGCGAUACAGUUAAAAGCUACGACUAGAAAAUCGAAACCUUGGGAGACUAGAAUUUAUUUUUUCAAGCUUAAUUACCAAGGUCAAGAAUGAGUAUUAAUGAUAUUAAAUAUCACGUAAAAAAUGUUCAGAGAAACAGGAGAAUAUAAGGCUUGACAACAGCUUUUUUAUUUAUUUUUCAAUGGGUAGAAAAUUUUUGUAGAUGGGCUUUCCUUAGUUUUGAUAACCAAAGAUUUUUUUAACUCCGAUCUUUCUCUUUUGACAGGUGUCCUGCCAAGAGGGUCAAUCAGCAAGUAUUCUAGAGUGAAGACCUUAAAGAAAGUAAAUAAAUUUCAGUAAUAGAAAGCAUACUGUUGUUCAGUAUUUGUAAUGGCUUAGCAAUAAUUUUCUGACUUGCAACUAUCAAUUGAAAUUGCUUUGAUAGUCUAAAAUAAGGUAAAGUGUAUGAGAAGAAAAAAAAUUGUAUUUCAUUGUCUCUCCAGGUGUGCAGCAUGUACAAAGAAUGGAACUCAGGAACAAAUAAUUAAACCAAAUAUAAGUCAAUCAUUUUGAUUUAUUUCACUGCUUCAAAUUAAACGGUAGUUUUGUUCACUGUCAUCAGGUCACUUGAUAAAGUCAGUUUGUCAAUUGACAGUCACGUGUUAACAGAACAUCCACCGAUAAAAUCACCAUGUAAUUAAACUUGGUCUUUUGGUUGAGUGCUUUCUAAAAUGUAUAAGUUUUGGCAGUUUAGUGGUGACCUGUGAAAUCUUUGGACAAAAAAACUAAGUGGGUACCAUCAUUAGUGCUGAACAAAGAAGCAAGGCUCCAGAAAAUGUUACUUGCAUAAAGAAAAGGUCAUGUGCCAAGAUUCAUGCCAUCUAGAGCAGAAAAUAAAAGACCAGAGAUUUAAAAUUUAAUUUAGAUUAUUUAACAAAGUAUAUGCUCCCUCACCUUCACUUAUGUCGGUUGAAUGCUGUACUUAUGCAAUUUUCCCUGAAGAAGAGUGAGGUAUAUAGAGCAUGAGGGACAAAAAUUAAACUGUAUUUUAUUGUCUCUCCAGCUAAUGCCACAUGUACAGGGAAUGGAGGUUGAUCAGGAUGGAGAUAAUUUAACCUGGCAAAUGCCGGUCAGUCUCUUUCAUUUGUUAAGCUAUAAUAUUGAACUCUGUAUUGGUAGGUUUAAGACAAAAACAAAUAGUUCAGUUUGUACCAGUAUUGUUUGCAUGAACCAUGCAUGCAUAAGUACAGGUAGUUGCAGUAAUUAUUCAAUUUCCUUGCUUACCUAUUGUAGAUUAGUUUCAGAAAAAAAGUUAACUGUAAUUCAUUGUCUCUUUCAGGUAUGCCACAAGGACAGAGAGUGGUGUUCAAUGAUGCAGGAUGGAGAUAAUUUAACCCGGCAAAUGCUGGUCAGUCUCUUUCAAUCGUUAAGCUAAAAUAUUGAACACUAUAUUACAAGGUGUUAGAAGCCAACACAGAAAACAGUUUGUACCAGUAUUGUUUGCAUCAAUUGUGCAAGCACAAGAACAAGCAGUUGCAGUAAUUAUUAAAUUUCCUUGCUUACUUAUUGUAGAUUAGUAUCAGAAAAACAGUUAACUGUAAUUUCAUUGUCUCUUUCAGGUAUGCCACAUGGACAGAGAAUGGUGGUCAAUCAGGAUGGAGAUAAUUUAACCCGGCAAAUGCUGGUCAGUCUCUUUCAAUCGUUGAGCUAAAAUAUUGAAUUCUUUCACAGGGUUAAGACAUUAACCAAAAAAUAGUUUUUACCCAGAUUGUUUGCAUCAACCAUUGUUUGCAUCAACCAGUGUCCGAUGACGAUAAUAGCCUUAAUUUGCACAAGAAAACAACAAACUCAAGGAUUCUGGUAGUUGUAGUAAAAUGACGUCAUCGUGCAAUUGUCCUAUAGGGAUGGGGCAUAUGAAUUUCCUGCGAUUUUUAAUCUUUUUUUUUUUCCAUGUGACUAAUUCUUGUGACAACACUGAGCAUCUGUCACUGACAAAGGAUGUGCAAUAUAGUUAAAAGCUAUGACUUGAAAAUCUAAAACUUGAAAGACGAGAAUUUUAUUUUUUCAAGCUAGAUUAUCAAGGUCAAGAAAUUAUGAGCAUUUAUAAAUAAAUAUGUUCAGAGAAACGGGAGAAUAUAAGGCUUAACAACAGCUUUUAAAUUUUUUUUAAUGGGUACAAAAUAUACGUGGACGGGCUUUCCGUAGUUUUGAUAACCAAAGAUGUUUUAACACUGAUCUUUCUCUUUUGACAGGUGUCAUGCCAAGAGGGUCAAUCAGCAAGUAUUUAAGAAUGAAGACUUUAAAGAAAGUAAAUAAAUUUCAAUGAUAGCAAGCAUACUAGUGUUAAACAUUUGUCAUGUCUUAGCAAUAAUUUUCUGACUUGCAACUAUCAAUUAAAAUUGCUUUGAUAGUCUAAAAUAAGGUACAGUGUAUGAGAAGAAAAAAAUAUAUAUUUCAUUGUCUCUCCAGGUGUGCAGCAUGUACAAAGAAUGGAACUCAGGAACAAAUAAUUAAACCAAAUGUAAGUCAAUCAUUUUGAUUUAUUCCACUUGCUUAAAUAAAACAGUAGUUUUGUUCACUGUUAUCAGGUCACUUGAUAGCUAAGUCAGUUUGUGAAUUGACAGUCACGUGUUAACAGAACAUCCACUAAUAAAAUCACCAUUUAAUUAAUCCUGGUGUUUUGGUUGAGUGAUUUGUAAACUGUAUAAGUUUUGGCAGUUUAGUGGUGACCAGUGAAAUCUUUGGACAAAAAAAAAUAAGUGGGUACCAUCAUUAGUGCUGAACAAAGAAGAAAGACUCCAGAAAAUGUUAUUUGCAAAAAGAAAAGGUCAUGUGCCAAGAUUCAUGUUAUCUAGAGCAGGAAAAAAACACCAGAGAUUUAAAGCUUAAUUUAUAAUUAGAUUAUGUAAAAAAAUAUAUGCGUAUGCAGUUUCCUCUUUAAGAGUGAGGUAUAUAGAGCAUUAGGGACAAAAGUUAAACUGUGUUUUGUUGUCUCUCCAGCUAUGCCAUAUGUACAGAGAAUGGAGGUCGAUCAUGCACGAUGGAGAUAAUUUAACCUGGCAAAUGCUGGUCAGUCUCUUUCAUUCUUUAAGCUACAAUAUUGAACACUGUAUUACUAGGUGUUAGAAGCCAACACAGAAAACAAUUUGUACUAGUAUUGUUUGCAUCAACCAUGCAUGCUCAAGAACAAGCAGUUGCAGCAAUUAUUCAAUUUCCUUGCUUACACGUAUAAUUAUAUAGAUCAGCAUGAGAGAAAACAUUAACUUUAGAUCUUUGUCUUUGUCUUUGUGCAGGGAAUGGAGGUCAGGAUGGAGCUAAUUUAACCCAAAUCCAGGUCAGUCCCUUUCAUUUAGCAAGCUAAAAUGUUAAACUGUAUCCGAGGUUUCAAAUCUGACUUUUUAAGCUGUACAAUUUACAUAGUUGUGUUAAGGAUUUAAGUGGAAUCCAAUUUUUCCAAAAUAAUUGGGCUGUCCUUUAAAUUUGGUCUUGAAACAUUUCUCAGUAUUAAAUUCUCAGUAUCAGCCAUGUUCAUUUCUUUACGAAUGUGAGCAUUUUGCUUUAACUGACAUUUUUUGGUCUCAAAAAUAUCCCUUCUUAUAAUUUGUAUGUGAUGCCAUUCAGUAAAAUGUUUGUAACACUGUCAACCGUUUUUCCCAUUGGGAACAUGUGCUAGUAACUUAAGCAAAGUUUCUGUUGUGAUAUAUGAUAUAUGUGAUAUAUUUCUUGUUAUUCAGAUAUCACGUUCAGGAAGUCAGUGUUUUGCUGGAGUAGACAAGGUAAGUUAAUUUACUUAUCCCUUGAAGAGUGAUGUUACAUCAGUACCUUAGUAUAUACUCCAGUUGAAGGAAAAUUUAUGAUUCCAAGUACCCGGCAUGAGUUUGGUUAGGUCUAAAUACCUUUCUUGACUUUGCUACCUAAAUGUGUAAUUCACGCCAUUCCAUGCCAUAGCAACACUUUCAACUUAAUCAUUUUUUUUUUUCAAGAAUAGCAGCCCCUAGGAAUAAGAACUAGGAAGUCUGUUUUGUGUAAGAAAAAAAUUAUGAACAUUUAAAACAGAGAUUGUAAAUUGCUGCACCUAGAAAAAAUUUGAUUUUAUUCCCAUGAAUAUGAUGUGAAAAUAAAAAUGUGGCCAAUGCUCUGGGGGUGUUUUUUAAAUCUUUCCAUUACAGCCCAUCUCAUAUUUGUUUUCAUUUGUUAUCGAUAAGACUUGAUUAGAAAAUUGUCCCUUAAAUCUUUCCUUUGACCUCUGAUCAGUGACCACAAAAGAGUAAACAACGUUGAGUUUAGGAUUGCUUUUUUAUGAGUAAGUGGUUACUGAAAUGGGUACCACUCAGAGUGUAUUGGGUUCAUUAAUAAGGAAGAGGCGGUGCAAGGCUUGGGAGACCAGCAUCACACACCGACUAGAAAUGGGUGCCACUCAGAAUGUAUUGGGUUCAUCAGUUGUUAAUAUUAUUUUAUGGUUUCAUACGUGCAAUUAGGUAUCAUUUAAUACCAUGGAAAUGGUAGUCAUGAAGAGGAUGGGAUGUCCACCUAUAAAAUUGGUAAGUUUAUUUCAUAAUUAUAGCUAACGAAAGGUCUUCCUGUGGGAUGAUAACUGAUGUUUUUAUAUGAAAGACAAUUUUCACUGAACUUACACGUAGAUUUUGUGGUACAGUUAGAUGAAAUUUUCCUUGUUACAAAUUUUACAAGAUUUUUCCACCCUAACAUUACCAUGACCACUGUAAAGUAACUUUAUUGGUUACUUGAAAAACACAAGGUCUGCUAACUGACUGCACUGACUUUGUUUACCAUGACUGGUACACUGGUUGAUACAGAUUAAGACUGGUAUAGUCAGAGAACAAUCUUCGCAAAAACCAAAAAAAGCCUGUAAAAACUGUUAAAAACCUAACUGAAGAUGAGAAAAGAAAUGUAACAACCGUUAUUGAAAGUAAGGAUGGAAAUUUCUGAGUGAAGCUCAAGAUGUUCUAAGCAGAUGGCAAAGAAUACCAUGACGAACUGUACAAUUGUCUGAUUGACAAAGAUGAUGCAGUGCAGGACACGCUGAAGAGCGGUGCUGUACCAAAUAAAGCAGCUCCACUGAUGCCAAGAGCAGAGGUUGAUGAAGCUGCGAUAGCUCUAAAAGACAUCAAAGCUUCUGGUGUGGAUAACAUUAGAGGAUAG